AUGUUUGCUGCAGGGAUGUGUAUUUCGUAGUUGUCGCUUUGUUUGCAAUUCCUUUCCUUCCAUUUGCAUUGCCAGUGUGUGGCGAGGAAUAAAAAAAAAAAAAAAAACAUGAACACUGAUAUCUCUCAUCGCAAACAGCCAAUUCAGGACCAAUAGAUUUGUUGUCAUCUAUUCUUGUGUGUAUUACUUCUCUCUCUCUCUCUCUCUCUCUCUCUCUCUCUCUUGUAAUGAUUAAAAAGCUUUGAUUCACGUCAGUUCUCUGCACAACCAGCAGCGAUUAUCACCAUUUAUGUACUACACCACCAGGAACUAAAGCCAAACAGAUACUUUAUUGCUUUGUUAAUUGUAAAAAAUAAGUCGGUUGGGAGCAUUACUUAUCCUCAGUCCUUAUCAUGAGUCUGAUCCAAAUCUGCUCGAUAUAUAGGAUAUAAAAAUGUUAAGAUUCUGUUUGUUGUUCCAAGGCCUCAAGACGCCAUAUCGUUUCCUCCCACCACAUGACCUUCCGAAUUAAAGAAAUUUACCUUUAGCUGCCAAAGUGCGGAGCCAAAGCAGGACGUGAUUCCCGAGUGGUGGAACUUCCUCCCUCAUGCACCAUCAUCACGUCAAACAUGUCCUUCUAGAGAAAAAAAAGAUAUCAAGGACGGAAGGGAGAGGUGGUUACACAGCUUGUAUCUCUAAAUUGGGCCACUGUUAUGAACUGAGGGUAGCAGGAUGUGUUCGCCCCUCAGAGUGAAGCCCUUCCCUAUUUAUUUACUGCCUGUAGACUACAUCGAAGGUGGCCACGGCUGCUCGUCUGGUCGUCUGACACGUGCGACUAUUUCGGUAUAGUGGCUGAAUCCAAGGGCUGCCAAACGCCCCCCGCCUGUACCAUUCCUCUGCAGUUUUCCUUCCAACACAAGCAAAAUUCGAUCACGAAAUGUGCAUCAAGGCUGUAGCGCUGGUGCAGCACCUGCCCAUGGGCGCUGCUGAGCCGAUGCUGACGCUCAAAUUCCACCAAAAACGGGAAAACGGAGGGACAAGUGGGUGUCACAGGUGGAGGUGGUGGUGGCGAUGGCGGCGGCGAGUGAGAGGAGCUCCCUUACCUACCGGCCUCCCGUCCCUCACGUCAUCCUCCGCACCUCACACACACAGACACACACACACAUACAUGCACACACCUUCCCUCUCCAUCUUCAUAACACACAUUUACCCACCCACUCACUCCCUCCCCACAUAUACACACAUGCACGCACACACCUAUAAACCACCACCCACACACGUACACACACCAGGCCAGGAGUCUUUACGUUGGCAGUGAGCGAUAACGAGGCGGGACGCGCGAUGCGGCCUGGAUAGUAAGGGAGGAGGCGGCGGCGUCCCGCGAGAACUGUUUUCAUAACGACGCAAGUCCCUUAUAGGCUUCUGGACCCAACCCGUGGCCGAGGGUCACCUACACAUUAUGUUUGGGUUCUUCAAAAACAAAACAAAGGACAAAGUUGUUAACAAAGACAAGAACAGUGAGAGUGUUAAAGAAAAAAAGAAAGACAAGACCAAUAAGGAAGACAAAGAAGUGAAAGUCAGUGCUCGUAAAGGGAAAGAGGAAAAGACUUCUAAAUCAAUCUUCAGGAAAAGCAAAUCCAUUGAGCGAGCAAAAGAAGGGAACGAAAAUCGAGCUUCAUAUACCAGAAAGAGUCAGAGCCUCGACUCGCGAGACUCUGGAGAGUGGAGUGACCAUGAGCAGCUGUCACGGCAGGACAGCGGGGCUACCGAAAGUGAGGAGGCUGCAUUGUCACCAGGACCAACUGGGAGCGGUGGGAGCGGCAGCAGCUCCGAGGAAGCAGCUCGCCCCUCCUCGCCCUGCCCAGACGCUAACACACACGCCAGUCAUGGGGAAGGUCUCAAAAAUUCAGAUUCCUUUGGAUCCUCCGUUUUGACAGACUCUUUAACAUCAUCACAGGAGGGAGAGGUACAGACUGGCACUGAGGGGCUCGACAAACGAAAACAUGAAAGACAUUCACCAGAAGUGCAACCGAAGAACCAUAUGAACAGCAGUUUAGUUUUACCUAAGGUUACUGGCCAGACACACUAUCUGAGGACCGAAGCUACGAACUUAUCAAACUCAACAGUGAAAAACAAUAUUCAAUCCACUGCAUCGAGAACUACGCCUCUCCCAAGGGUAGGCGGCGUUGCAUCCACCUUGAUGAUGAAGCCGCCUCUCAAUCCGCGAUUAAUAGCGCCAAGGGGACCACUAGCCACCACUGUUACCUCCUUCACUGCCUCACUGACGGAAUCUGGUGGGGAAAAAGACGAAAGAAGCCUUACUCCUUCUUCUGGCAUGGUGACGCCGCCUGCCUCGCCGGGCCUCCUGUCAUCGCAAGUCGCCUCCCUUCACCAGAAUGUUACUAUUUCUCCUGAACGACCAACAUCCCCAGACGGUCGAACUUCAAUGCUCUCCACUCCCUCCAGCUCCACUUCCAGUCUUUCCAGCCUCACUGCCCGGCCGAUAUCUCCUUCGGGACGACGCACGCCCCCUGGGCCGCGUAUGGGCACAGGCGGCCGACUGACGUCAUCCCCAACGGCCAAUCGAAAGUCUGUCAGGACAAAUAUCAAAACUAAUCCGUCGGUGGCUUCCCGAAGGGCAGGUUCCCACUCCCCAGUCAACUCGCCGCCUUCCCCUGGAACAUCUGUCUCCUACGCUGACGCUGACAGCCUCAAAACCCCUCCGUCUUCGCCAGUUCCAUUUAGGCAAAGGUUCUCUGAACAAGUGGCUCCAGCAUGCUCUGCUGAAGUAAGCCUCCUGACUCGAACCAAAACAGACCCCCCAUCAAGGGUGAUAACACUUUCUCCACCAAUCACACGAAGAGGAAUUGAUCCAUCAAUAAUUUCAUCUCAGAAUAACAACUCGCUACCUUCACCUCCUGGGAGAUUUGUGCAAGGCUCCUCGCCGCCGCCGCCGCCGCCUAGACUCAGCGUAUCCAGUGAGGGGAAAUCUGAGGGAAGCAUUAGCCCUGCAACUCAGCGUAGCGUUUCCCCGACUGUUGGCAAGACCCGCCACUCUAUAUCGUCGAUGCACUCCCUCGAGUCAAUACCCGAAAACGAUAGUGACGGACAGUCGCCCGUUAUUGGUGAAAAAACCUUCGAUAGUAAUGAAGAAUUAUGUCGUGAGACACUCAGCACUCCCAGCACCCCCAAGGAGCCUCUGAACUCUAGCACGACGCGUCCGUCGCGCCACUCUGCCCCGGAAGUCACACCUGAGAGACCGCACAACCACGGCAUCACUCACAGAAGAACCUCGUCGUUAUCACCAGUGAGUGAAGAACGACGAAUUCACUUUUCAGUGUCGAUAAGUGAAACGAAGAAUGUCUCCUCCAGCCCUCCACAGAACCAGGCACGUCAGAACAGUGGACCUGAUCCUGAUGCAGAGAUAGGAGUUUCUGAAAAGACUUCUUCAAGACUAGAAAAACACGAAGACAUCAAGCCAACAAAGAACAAGGAGAAUAAAGGGGACUAUAAAGAUAUUAUUAGUUCUGAACCAAACUCUGUUAUAAAGGGAAAGGUUCUCUCAUCAUCCCCAAAAGAAGGCACUGCCGAGAGGACACCAAGUAACACUCCCUUGACCAAGCAUUCAAGAACUGGAUCCUUGGCGAUGGUCACUAACGCUUCUCUCAAAGCCUGUCCACAAAAAAAUGAAACUAAAGAAAUCAAAGAUGGCAAAAUUUCGUCAGUUACUCAAAACGAUAAAAUGUCAGAAGCGCACCGUACCAGCGACAAGGAUAACGAGACGACGACUCACGUAGUGUUCCGGAUACCAUUCCGCAGCAAAUCUCUUGCUAACGGGGAGGACUUACACAAAAGAGCUUCCGUAGAAAUUUUAUCCCGCGAUGCAGGGAGGCCCAAGCGACGGGAAAAUGAGCACUGCAGAGAAAGACCAAGAUCAGUAUCGACCUCCAGAGAACUCAGAAGAGAGAGAGCGUCAGAAAGACCGUCAAGGAAACGAAUACAAUCUGAGGGCACCGAAAGUAAGAAUAAGCUCCCCACAGCUCCAGAGGAUGAAAGAAAGAAGGAAGACAGUAAAGAAAGGGUCCGAAGCCGGUCCUCUUCCUCAAGGCACAGCAAAGAUCGCAGUCCGGAUCAGACAUUUACUGAAUCUUCCCUUUUCACCAACGAGAAUGACAGUUACGACGGUGGUGACGAGGAAGUUUUCAUUCCAUGGAGGAAAGCUCCGAGAAGUAGAUCGAGAGCGAUAAAAUCACAGAGCUCGGGUGAUGCAACGACACCCGGCUCUAAAAUCAGCAAGUCAACACCUUAGAACAAA